AUGGCGGGGCCAGCUACCGCUCGUCUGGACUCCACCGCAGCUGCUUCAGGCAGCCGCGCAUCAGAGUCGUCUGCUGUUGCUCUGAGGACGAGCCUGACCCCUUCUACGCAACGGUCACUUGCGUGCAGACGCUCCGAGGUCGUGGGUCGUUCCCUGGUUCUCGCCGGUGCUUCGGCCGCUGCUGUUCCAGCGUCCCUGUCGUACCGCAGGCUCGGCGUGUUCGCGGCGAAGAGGGUUCAAUCGGACCGCUCGCUGGUGCUCAGCUCGACGCUGGAGGUGACUCCAGGCAAGGAAAAGGAAGCGCAGGAGCUGUGCAAGAAGAUCUGCUUAUGGGCGGAGGAGAAGAAGAAGGACCGCGCGAACGGAAUCAUCCAUUUCGAGUGCACAGGCGACGCGUACGAGAGCAAUCUGAUCCACUUCUGGGAGCGAUUCGACUCUUUCCUUUCAAUGAACAACAUUCACGCGUCGCCAGACUACACUAAGUUCCUUGAAGAGGUACGGCCGCUGCUAGAGGCGCCAGUGAAGCUGGCGGCGUACGAGUACAAGGACGGGCAGAUCGGUCACAUGCUCAACCCCAUUGGCCCCAAGGGAGAGGGAGGCCUGGACGACGCCACAGGGCAGGGUGGCAGCGGUGGAGGUGCGAGCUACAAGCAGACGUCGCAAUCGGUGUCGCAGGGUAUUGGCGAGCGUGACGGGUGGGGAAUGGCGAACGCGCUCAAGAUCUCUGGGCUGCGCAAGGAGGCGAGCGAUGAGAAGGAGGCUGUGCGCGCCGAGAAUGCGCUCGAGGCCAUUGCCAAGAGCCUCAAGAGCCUCUUCGGCCAAAAGUAG